CUUGUUGGAGCAGGGGGCAGCUGCUUAGAGGGGGUGCCAAGCAUGGGCUCUUGAACCCAUUCUGCAAGCUUUGCGGGUCCCGUUGGAGGGAGUUCCUAAGCUUGGGAAAGACUAGAUGAGGAGAGGACUUAGGGUGAUACAGGUGGCCAGGGGGUCAGGAUGAAUUGGAGGGACCAAGGGGCUGGGAGUGGGGGUUGGGAGACCAGCAGAGGAAAACCCCAGUAAUGCAGUCUUGAGGCACUGAGGCCCUGGCUCCAGGUAGCACUAGUAGAACUGGAAAUAAAAGUUGAUGAGGAGGGCUUGAAAGAUGACUGCUAGGUUUCCAUGGUGAAUGUCCAGAGAAUAAGGCAGAUAGGAGGUGGGGGUGGCGGGCUGUCUUUUGUAGGCAGGCGCAGGGAGGAGAAUUUGGGUUUGGGACACGUAGGGUUAUUUGUCUUACACAGCAGUGGUUCAAAAUGCUUUUCUGUUUCUUUUUUGUUUACUUUUGAAGGGAGAGAGCAGUAUUAGCUCAUGGUUUCGUAUCCAAAGGUUCAGUGGCUCUAUGAGAUAACUUUUAAUGGAGAAUCUUCAGGAGCUGCGGGAAUUACCACCACCCUGACGAUUCUUCCUGGUUAUUUUUAAGGUUCCAGCCAUCCCAGCUCAGGCUGGAAUUUUCAGGAACUGGUUGCUGACUGGAGCCAAUUGGUCCCUCCCAGACUCCCACUCCCUCCAGGGUGGGGCCCCAUGGGUGGAGGCCCCUUAGGGUGGAGUAGGGUGGGUCCCCAGUGAUAGGGCACCAGCAGAGAGGCAGUGUGGCCUCACACAGUCCUUCUGGAUUUGAUUAUAUAACGCCUCACAGAAGGGAACUGCAAGAGCUGAGACAGCCUUGAAAGAAAUGUACCCAGUGAGAUUAUUCAUUACGGGUAUUUUUCAAUUGAUCCUAGGUUGCUUGCCCUUAAAACUAAAACACAAAAUUGUCAGAGCAUAAAGAAAGAAAACAAGUGUGUAACUUUAGUAGGGAAAAUGAUCAGUGUUUGCUAAAAUUUAAUUAAGGUGUGGGAUGCUACCAACCAGGUGGCAUUGAACUUGAGAAUUUACUUGAAGAGUAUGAGUUUGGGGUUCACCACCCCCCACCCCUGCUGUGCUGGGCCUCAGUCUGGGAAGGUGCAGGGCCCUUGCUGGGUUGUUACCUUUGCACCUGUCCUUAUUUACAUGCAAAAUCAAUUGCUUCGCUUGGUCUUUCCGAAGUACAGGGUGUGGGCAGAAUCUUAUCUGAAGCCGUGUCCUGUUUGGACAAGUUGGACUCGCCUUGGCAACUCUCCAUAGGGUGGAGCAGAUGGGUGGAGGCAGGAAAGUAAAAUUGGGUGGCUUGUUAGCAGAGAGAGGAGAGAGGGCGGAUUGUUUGCUCACUGGAUCAUUAUAUUUAACCUGAAACUAAAUAAUUAACUUCUUUCCCAUUUGCAAAACAUUUUGAUGCAAAAUAAUGUAAUUUAUGAGGGGCACAGAUUGAGAUAGACUGCAUGAAAGUUUUUCAGUAGAAGACUGAGGUUGGUGAAAAGCAUCGAGUGGUAUGAAAAGUGGACACAUUUCCAGGCCAGAGCACCCUAGAAGGCUGAGCUGAAAGAAUGCUCAUGUUUGACCCAGUCCCUGUCAAGCAAGAGGCCAUGGACCCUGUCUCGGUGUCAUACCCAUCGAAUUACAUGGAGUCAAUGAAGCCCAACAAGUAUGGUGUCAUCUACUCCACACCGUUACCUGACAAGUUCUUCCAGACCCCAGAAGGCCUGUCGCACGGGAUGCAGAUGGAGCCGGUGGACCUCACUGUGAACAAGCGGAGCUCCCCGCCCUCCGCUGGGAGCUCUCCUUCCUCGCUGAAGUUCCAGGCCUCGCACCGGAGAGGCUCGCCGGGGUUGAGCAUGCCCUCUUCUAGCCCGCCUGUGAAAAAGUACUCACCGCCUCCCCCGGGAGUGCAGUCCUUCGGCGUGCCACUGUCCAUGCCUCCCGUGAUGGCCGCAGCCCUCUCCCGGCACGGGAUCCGGAGCCCCGGGAUCCUGCCCGUCAUACAGCCGGUCGUGGUGCAGCCGGUCCCCUUUAUGUACACCAGUCACCUCCAGCAGCCGCUUAUGGUCUCCUUAUCCGAGGAAAUGGAAAAUUCAAAUAGUAGCAUGCAAGUACCUGUAAUUGAAUCAUAUGAGAAGCCUAUAUUACAGAAAAAAAUUAAAAUAGAACCUGGGAUUGAACCACAGAGGACAGAUUAUUAUCCUGAAGAAAUGUCACCCCCUUUAAUGAACUCAGUGUCCCCCCCGCAAGCAUUGUUGCAAGAGAACCACCCUUCCGUCAUAGUGCAGCCGGGGAAGAGACCUUUACCUGUGGAAUCUCCCGACACCCAGAGGAAGCGGCGGAUACACAGAUGUGAUUAUGAUGGAUGCAACAAAGUGUACACUAAGAGCUCUCACUUGAAAGCACACAGAAGAACACAUACAGGAGAAAAACCCUACAAAUGUACAUGGGAAGGAUGCACAUGGAAGUUUGCUCGGUCUGAUGAACUAACAAGACAUUUCCGAAAACAUACUGGAAUCAAACCUUUCCAGUGUCCAGACUGUGACCGCAGCUUCUCCCGUUCCGACCAUCUUGCCCUACACAGGAAACGCCACAUGCUAGUUUGAAGGCCUCCUCAGCGCGGCUCCCCACUCUCCCGGCUCUAUCUCUCUGUCCUCCCUCCCAUUAUGUAACUCAUUUUUUACAUGUACAUUUUAAUUUGGAUUCAGCUGGUCUGAAUCUCUGAAUUUAUAUCAUUCAAACUUCUGUAUGGUCAGUAGUAAAUACUCUCUAACCCUCCCUCUCCUUACCACGGGUCAGACCUAAAGAAUGUGAACACUUUUUUUUCCGGGGAUGCUAAGCAAACCCUUCUUACAAAGAUGUUUAAUGAGAACAAGGGAACAUGUAAACAAACAUAACCAACUGUUGGUUUCUCCAUGUAUUCCUCAGAAGAAUGUCAAAGUAAAUGUAUUAGAAAUACAGUAUCUAGCCUGCUAGUCCUUGCCAGAGACAUUCAUACCUCUGUGCCUGUGAUCUCAUUUUCUGCUUUACAGAGGAAAGAAGGGUGGAUCCUUCCCCAGGCCAGCUAGAAGUGCAGCAAAAUCUCAGGCUAGUACACACAAAAGGCUCUUCCUUCACAAAUCUCGUCAGCUUGGAUAUAUCAUUCAACUAAAUAAGUCCUUGACCCUCCUCUGUGCCUGCACUAGGAAGGUGGUCUUGGCCUUCAUUGAGAGGUGAGCCAGAGCUGCUGUUUUAGGUGGGUGAUGUCUGUCACUCUCAGUUCAAGGGGUGGAUGCUGAACUUGCAUAGCCUGGAGUUGGAACAGAGGGGGGCACAGAAGGAAGCCGGCCACUCCUCCAGGGCGAGGUGUUUUCAGUGAGGUUUCAUGAUUUUGUUAGCUGCGCAGUGCAUUCCCAGAGUCUCUGGCAUAUUCAGCUGUGCAGAACCAUACCGCAAAGCCAGAUACUGAGGGGAUUAUCUAUGCGCCUGUCUCCAUUCCUAGAUGUCCUUAAUGUGGAUCAUCAAGCAUUGAUAGGGAUACCACAGAAAUAUUUGCCCACUAAUGGUAAAAAAAAAUAUUUUGGGUAAGAAUAUUGACGGCCUUUCUUUUACCCAAACUACUAAGAGCUCUUUUGCAAACAGGGAAGUGUUGAGUGGUAAUUGUAUUCCCAUGCCACAUUAAUCAUAUAGCUUUUAUACAGAAACUCUUCUGUAUGAGCUGUAAGGUGCCAAACUGUCAUUUGUGUUCAUGACACAUAUCAUAAAUAGACAUCUGCUAAUGCUUUUGUAGAUUGAUUCAAUUUAAGGCCUGAGUGACAUUAUUUGUAACUAUAACUGGUUGUGAAGCACACAUACCUUUACUUGAGGCACAGAUUUCUGAAAGAUAUAGACAACCACAGUUCAGGGAUUUAUGUGUGUGUGUGUGUAUAUAUAUAUAUAUAUAUAUAUAUUCCCAAAUGUUUACUGUUAGAACUAACAGUAACCGUUAAUCUCCUAUCACUAUCAAGUAUCCUGUCAGAAGAACCUGAAAAUGACUCGUGUUUAUGUUGAGGAUGAAUAGCACCAUCAUUUGGGGGAAGUUUUUUUCAAAAGCUGGCUUUUGAGCACUAUAGUCUAAAUGCCAAUAAAAAUAAUUCAUGCAUAAAAAUGCCAUUGGUUCUAAAUUUGAAGAAAGUGGGUGAUGGUGGUCAAAUGUGGGUGUGUAUAGCCAAAUGUGCCUUCAUCCCUCGAUAAAGGGUGGAGGAGAAGAGAGAAGAAUGGAAUCCUGAAGAUUCAUCCCAGCCACAACUCAGGAUCCAGCACAGCCUUAACUGGGGGAUGCAUUGUGUUUAAUUGUUCUUAAAACAUCAGGGAAUGAGUGAUUCUGGAGGCCUGCAAAUUGUGUGGGGAGCUGAACUUGGAUGGCACUAUGUUAGUGAAAGUUGGUUGUAGGGACUGUGCACCUAAGAGAACCCACUCAUUGGCCCUGUGAACCACCUGAAAAGAAAUGUAGUCGAGAAACGCAAAGUAAAUUGUUAUCUUUGCACUUGGUUCUGAUGUUCUUUUGUAAGCACUGCAAAAUCUGUUAAGAAUAUUAAAGCAUCCUAAUUGGGCUUUUUUUCUUUUUUUUUUUUUUGCAAUUAAGAUGUUAAUUGAGGGAUAAAAAUGGCUCUGGGAAAAGUAGGUAUCAUCUAUGUUGUAAAUGCUUAGUCACAUUCAUGCCAGAGUGUCUAUUUCUUGAUAUGGUUCUUCCACAACACACGAAUGAAGUUGCAACGCAAGGAACUUUUUUGUUUUGAUGGAGACGACCAGUUUAUGUGUUCUGAUGUAGUUGUAGGAACAGGGGCAAGAAAGGGUAGAAUUAAUCUUUAAAUAAUUAGCUUUGAGUGUGAGUCCAGUUCAUAGAAAGCUUCAUGAGUUCUCAUGAAACCUGAUGUGUUUGCUAUGGCAUAUUUAAAUUCUUGUUCAAAAGAGCAAGACUCUGUGAAGACUAUGCUAUUCAGUUUGCUUAGAUUAUGUUAACCGUUUAUUAACAAAUUUCCAUUUUAACUCAAAGAAAAGCAGCCCAGAGAGACAGUACUCUGUUCCCACGCUGGUCUGUAUACCUUAGUUACCAAUUGGCUCUUAAGCAAAUUUUCCUUUUUUAUAUAUAUUUGUAUUUUACUAUGUUAGUUGAGAAAUUUAGUCUCUUAGUCAUUUUUAGCUGUUAUUGUGGAAGACCUCAAAUAUAAGAUAAGAUGCCCUUGACUAUGUGGUUUAAAUGAUGUGCCAUGUUACUAUCAAUGGUGAUUUUAAUUGCAAGUUUAAAUUGAUGAGAAUGAUUUGUAAACAUGAAGUUAGUUUGUGUAAGUUCUGUUUGUUAGAGAAUUUCUUUGAUUAUCCAAGUGUCAGCUUGGAGAAUUCAGAAAAAUAAAAUCUGAAUCCAGUAUAUGUUAGAUUUCUAAAAUGUGAAUCUACAUCAUAAAUGGGCAUUAACAUUCUAAAUCACCUGGAUUGGAGAAUGUGUUAGCAGCAUAGCUAUGUUCAACCAAGGAAAUGCUAAAUACACAGAAAUUUCAAGAGCCUUGGAACAGAUAUACAGGGGAACUAUAUAUGUAUAUGUAUAUUUUAUUAAACACCUGUCUGCACUAUCAGUGUUGCACUAAUGUGGAAUUUGAAAGACUAUAUUUCUGAUACUGUAUAUCUGCAUGUCAUCCUUGAUUAGAUUGUUUUAAAGACAAUCUCAAAGAUCUGAGGUUUUGAAAUGAUUGGUUUGAAAAUACAGUCAUCUUGAAGGAAUUACUGUCAUACAUGAAGUUGCUCAGAGUUGUCUUUAUUUUCUCAGUCAAGGUUAACAAUUUCUCAAUGAUAGCAAAUUCACUUAAGAAAUAAUACAUUUACAAAGCCAUUUUACAUGCAUUAAAUGAGGGCUACAACAAUACUAUGUUUUACAAAUACUAGCACUUUUUUUUUUUGGCUGUUAUGUACUUAGUGUUAGAGGGUCAAAAUAAUCUUUCUGCUUAGCAUCUCUUAAACCACACCUGCAAGUAUAGCAGGAUUAUUACAUUUACAGUACUUUACUACUUGUAUAAACUAUGCAGAAAUUUUUAAUAAAGUGUAAUAUAUUUUAUAAGCUAAUAAGACUGAGUGGGUAAAGGUUUUUAGCAUGCGUUAGUAUACUUGCAAAUACUGAAACAUUUUGGUAAUCUUUCUUACUAAAGAUGUGAAUGUUUAAUGUACCUUCUCUGUUUCUACUCUAGUCCAAUGGGAAUUCAGUAAUGACAUUUUGUCAUGUCAAACUGUGAACAUAAAUUUGUACUGUACAGUCCUCAUAUACUAUAUACAGUAUGCAAUAUAUGUAUUAUAUACUUGUUAAUAAAACCAUCAGAACAUUAA